AAUAAUUGCUUGCCUUUGUCGAACUGUGCCAAGAGCUUUAAAGUGGCUUCAUUUGAGGUCUUUCUUUCGACGCUAAUCUACCAGUACACACUUUAAUCUGUUUGCGGUAAAUUAAGGAAGAGACCCACGCUUCCAGGCAGCCCCACCCUGUUUCAUGCUUUUCUCUCUUUGAUAGAUGUUGGAUGUGUAAUGUCGUUCAGCUCGGUCUUUCUCUCCGCGUGCUCGUAGUGACCCCUGGUGGCCAAGUGUCACCGUGAUUCUGAUUUGGGUUCAUUGUUGUAAAGAGUUGGUGCGAAGUCAGGUGGCGCAUGUUAAAUUGUGAGAAAGUUCAGGAUUCAGCGGAGUUCGGGUGACGUUUUGUCUUUGGAAAGCAGGGUUUUCGUGAUGGGAGAACGAAGCAGCAUCCUUUGUCUUGGUGACAUCACCUGGAAUACAUCUUUGGGACCCAGCAUUUCCCUAAAGCCAGUCCCACUGCAGAGCCUCUCAGAACUGGAGAGGGUCCGCCUUCAGGAAGUUGCCUUCAGGCGACUGAUUCGGUGUCAUGACCUGGGCUGCCAUAUCACCAUUCCAAAAUAUGGCCACAAGCACAAGAAGUUUCUUAGGAAGAAGUUGGAUUCGUUAUCUAAGGAAAAGAACAGAGACAAAGAGACUUCACCGCAGGCGUUUGGCGUACCGCUGUCACACGUCAUAGCCAACGACCGCGUGCACAAGCUCCGGCAUGAACACCAGCACGAUCACCAGCGGGAGGAGCAGAGUAAUGCUACUGAAUUGAUGCUAUCCUUCCUUCACCUGUCCCCUGGCUUCAAACGGCCUAACAAGGAGCUCUCCAGCAGCAACUCCUCUCUGAGCUCCACCCCAGAGAGCCAUAAUGAUUCUCCACUCCCCAGCAUGCCAGACAUAGCCUCACGGACAUCCAGGAGGGGUGGAGUGUCUGUGGACUGCAUCACUGACCUCGAUGAUAACCAGGCUCGGCUGUUGGAGGCCCUUCAGCUGUCUCUGCCAGAUGAGGCAGCCGGGAACAGGAAGAAACCCCGUGACAAAAAGCUCAGCCUUAACCCUAUUUACAGACAGGUGCCGAGGAUAGUUGAUCUCUGCUGCCAACACUUGGAAAAAAAUGGCUUGCAGACAGUAGGAAUUUUCCGCGUUGGGAGUUCCAAAAAGAGAGUACGACAGCUCCGUGAGGAGUUUGAUCAAGGCUGGGAAGUGCACUUUAGCGAUGAGCACUGCGUCCACGACGUCGCUGCUUUGUUGAAGAAGUUCCUCAGAGACCUGCCUGACCCACUGCUGACAAGAGAACUGUACACAGCUUUCAUCCACACAAUGCUGCUGGAUUACUCCAAACAACAGAGCGCCAUCCAGCUCCUCAUAUUUCUGCUUCCUCCCUCUAAUAGCGACACGUUGCAGUGCAUCCUCAGCUUAUUGUCCACUGUGUCCUCACAUGCUGAAGACAGCCUGGACACAGAAAGACGAAAGAUCCCAGGAAACAAGAUGACGUCACGCAAUUUAGCCACAAUCCUUGGUCCCAACUUGUUACACACGCAAAAGAACUCAGACAAAGAGUUUGCUGUCCAGAGUUUUGCCCAUGCAGAGGAGAGUUCAGCCAUCAUCAGUGUUGUCCAAAGGAUGAUUGAUGCUUAUGAUAUGCUGUUUAUGGUUCCUGCAGAUCUUCAGAAUGAGGUGCUGAUUAGCUUGCUUGAAACGGAUUCUGAUGUUGUCGAAUACCUGCUGCGAAGAAGGGCCUCUCAGUGCUCGGAGUCAGGCAUUCUGAGGCCAGAAGAUUCAUUUUCUCUGACUGAGAGUUGCAUGUCUAGUGACUCCCUCAAAGUAUCCAGCGGAGAGGUGUCUCCUUAUGACAAUAACUCUCCUGUCCUGUCAGAUCGACUGCUACUUAAGAACACAGAGCACAGCAGUUUGAACUCAGACAGAGAUCCCAUUUGCCCCAGUGAGUACAAACUAAAUGACCAUUCCAAAGAUGGAUCAGGAAGCGCUUCGCCAACCCUUUCCGCUGACAAAGAUGCCUCGACUGAUUGUUUCUGGGACACCUGGCAUGAGUUCUUUGGGAAAGAUUUUAUUAGCCAUCACAUUACUGGCUCCCUUGGAGAUGCCUCAGAAUGUGACUCGUAUGGAUCGUUGGAGGGACUGAACAGUCACCAAGGCAACAACAAGCUGCCCGUCAGAGCGACACAAACAUCAUUGGGCGUUUUGGAGAACAGGCCACACCUCCCAGUGACUUGCAGCAGCAGUGGUCCUCAUGACCACAGAGAGCAGAGGCAACCAGAAUCAUCGUUGCAUCAGUCACUGAGCAGCCAAUCAGGGGCCGUUACCUCAGACAGCUCAGUACAAAGGACAGGACGCCCUACAUGUCCAUUAUUUAUGGACAGAACAGAGGUUUUGUCUCCUUGUCUGUGUGCCGGAUCUGUUCGGGAAACUUCCGUUGCUCCCUGCCCAGUCUCUGUUUUCAACCAUCAGCCCGACACCCAGACAUUGCUGCUCCCCCAGCAAAACCCGCCUGCCCUUCAGACUGUAGAUCCAACAGAGAGGAAAACGGGCUCUGACUGCUCAAACUUACAGACAGAAAAGUGGCACGUCUGGCAGAUGAUGUCAAAUAAAAGUCCAGAAACCUUCCCAGAAAGUAUGGUGUGAUCCUCAUUUCAGCAACAUUAGAUUGUUAUGACUGUUUAUUUAUAUGUUGUUUUAAAAAAACUCAACCUUUGUUAUAUUCUCUAUUUUUAGAACAUUUGGACUGUUUGCUUGAAGGAUGCUUUUUUUACAUUGUUUUUGUCUAUUAAUAUUAUUAUUAUUUUAUUGUGUUAUCAUGUUUUAUAGAAUUAUUUAAUACAAAUAUUUGUUUGCAACCCAACCAUGAAAAAUCUAUACACUUUAAUGCCAUAAAUACAAUUCUGUGAAAAACCUUGUGUCCCUUCUAAGAAUUAUUUUCUUUUUCCUUUUUAGUCACAUUUAAAUUCCCUUAUAUUGUUUUAUAUUAGACAAAGAAAACCUGAGUGGAUAUAAAAAGCAGUUUUCAAAUAAUUUUGUUUAUUGUGAGAAAAGAAAUAGCUGUCCAAACAAACUGUUAUUUUAAUUCCUGGUCCUUUGGGGGGAAAAAAAGAAAGUAGUUGGUCAUUUGACCAGAUUUUGUAGUUCAGUCCCAUGGAGAAACUAUGGAACGUUGGUGAAACUUCCAAAAACCGUGCUGCCAAUUACUCUAAAAGCACACCAAGAGCUAAUCAAGACGCCACAAAAGGACCAAGAACGUCCAAAGUAUUGCAUCAGCCCGAUGCCCAGACAUUGCUUCAUUGCACAACUCCCCUGCCUUGGUUAAGCUCAUUGUUUAUUAUUUAACAAUAAGAAUGAGAUUUGGCAAAAAUUCCAUCCAAAUUACAUUUUCAAGUUAAAAGCUACUUCUGACCUACAAUAAGACAAAAGCCCGUCCCCCCCAAAAUAAACUCAAUUUCUAAGACUUUUUGGGAGUAUAACUUCCAAACUAAUGUGAGAAAAGUUGUUUGGAGUGGUUCAUACCAUUAAAUCUAAUGUAAAACUGACAGCAUUUGAGGGAAAAAAAAAAAAAAAACAACUACCAACAUUAAUAUAAGCAUAAGGGUGGUAAUGUAAAAGUCUGGGGUUUCUUUGCCACUUCAGGCUGAGAAGACUUUCAUGAAAUGGUGGAACCAUACCACAAAUCCAAGUGCAGUUAUCUACAGCCCACCAGCAAGUCUGUGCAGAUAAAAAAAAACCCAAAGCAACAACUAUGUUUUGAAGGGCUUAGUCAAAGUGAGACCUGAUUGAGAUACUCUAUGAUAUUGCUGAAUUAAAAAAUAAAAUUCUGCAAAGAAUGGAAAGACUUCCAGAUCACCUAAUGGUGGUUGCUGCCACCAAGGUUGUUAUCCAGUUAUUAGUUUUGUACAAUGAUUAUCUUUUCAGAUAGAGCCAGGUUGUCUGCACAGUUUAUUUCUUUAAUAAAGGAAAUCUCCAUAAUGAAAACGGCAUUAUUGCCGUCUUCUCAUUUUAUCUGUCAGAUGUUAAAAUAUGCUUUAUAGAGAAAAACAUUUAAGUGUGAAAACAAGUGAAAAUAAUGCUGAAUGCAAUAAUACCACAAUGUACUUUGGUUACAAUUUUGCUACAGUCACAAUAGUGAAAAUGGUGCAAUCUGUGUGUUCUUUUGUUCCAGGAAAUUAAAGCUGGCUUGUCAUUUUG